CCGCUGAUUCCGAAAAUGUUGCUCACACUGUCGUUCACGACACACACCGACUCUCUGACUGCCGACCAGCCGGGAUUGUCCAUAGUAGUCUAUAAUAACUUAAUUGAAAGGCAAUAGAACAUGGCAUCGAAUAGUUGCAGUGGAGUUCCCAAAUGGGAGAGAAAAACACGUUUGUUUCUUUGUAUCUUCGGUUUGUUUUUGUCAUUCUAUGCUCUGCACGUUGAGAUUUCGCGAGAGAGGGACCCUGAGUAUCGGGCGAUGUGCGACCUGGGAGAUUCUGUGAGCUGCUCUAAAGUUUUCACCUCAAGAUGGGGACGUGGUUUUGGGCUUGUACAGUUCUUCUUUGCUAAAGACAGUGUACUGAAUCAACCCAACAGUCUGUUGGGGAUCAUUUUCUACACAUUGCAACUGGCUCUGGGUCAGUCUGUGUCCAGUAGGGCAGCGUUCCUCCUGGUCUUGGCCUCCUGGGUGUCCAUGGCUGGAUCGCUGUACCUAGCCGGAGUACUUGCCUUCAUUCUGGGAGAUUUCUGCGUGGUCUGCGUCUCAACCUAUGUGGUUAACUUUUUGCUGCUCUUCACCAAUCUGAAGAGGAGGACGGGACUAGAAGCAGUCAAGAAAAAGACUGGCUGAGAGACUAUCUUUGUGUGCAUCUCAAUAGUCUAAGUAGUUUUUUCCCCCUUGCCUUCCAUCCUACUGCACUGAUAAUAUACAGCGCAUUUGGAAAGUAUU